AUGAUUUUUGUGCAUCAACAGAAAAGUUCUUUUACCUCUCUAUCCUCAACAACAACUAUAUAUCCUCAAGAUAUUGAUUGUUUUCAAAACGCUAAUAGAAUUGAAUUGAACAAUUUUUUUUUAUCACAAGACUUUCUUAGUUAUACAUUUAAAUAUCCAUUUAAUUUAAUAACUAAAGAUUGUAACAAUUAUCAAUUUAAUGCUCCUUUGUUUAAGUUUUCAAUGUUUUCAUUUUCAACAGAUUUGGCAAUAACUAUUGAUUUAAGUAAAAUAGUUCAGGUUGGAUCAAUAAAUUCAAAUGCACCUUCAGUUAUCUUUAAUAACGAUCUUAAUAGUUCAUUGUAUAGAGAAUUAAAGACUUUUACCCUUACAACCAAAAACAUUCCUAAUCUAAAUAAUUUAUUUUUAGAUAAUUUAAGUUUAUCUAUUCUAAAACCUUAUAAUAUAAGUUCAUGGAAUUAUUUUUCUACAUUAAACUCUGUAAAAACCAUUACAUUAAAUGGAAAUUCACUAUCAGAUUAUUAUCCUUUUCCAUAUGCAUUGUUAUCAAAUAGUCAAUUUAAUAUCAAAUCAUUAAAUUUAAAUUUAAGAUUAGAAGAACCAACAUCAACUAUAGAUUUAAACAUUACAUCAUUAGAAACAUUAAAAAUGGAUACAAAAGAUAUGUUCACUUUUAAAGGUUCAAUUCCUUUUAGCAAGUUACCCAAUUUAAAAUAUUUUGAAAUGACCGGAACUUCAAUCAGUAAUCUACCACCUUUUUCACUCUUGACUUCAAAAUAUGUUUAUAUUAGUAAAAAUAGAUUUGAUACAAAAUUACCAGAAAAAUUUAAUUACACAAAUACAAUUCAAGUUUUGGAUAUUUCAAAUAAUAAAAUUACAGGUACUAUUGAUCAAACUUAUUGUUCAGUUUAUUUAAACGUUAGUAAUAAUCUAUUAAAUGGAAAAAUUCCAUCAUGUUUUACUUGUUAUUUUGCAAAUCCUAAAGUUUUUUAUAAUUUCUCUGGUAACUCUUUUCAAAACUAUCAAGAUAAUUUACCAUGUACCACAAUUAAACCAAGCAUUAGGGCUAAUGGAAAUGAAAUUAUAUUAUAUGGUAAUGACAUUGGAUUUUAUUCAAGUGAUAUCUCCACAGUCCCUAAAUUAGAUUUUGAAGUCUUAAUCCCUAACUUAAUGUUUAUGGCAACUAGUAAUUUAAAAGGAAUUUUUAUAGUGACUUUUGUUGGACCAAAUUUAGAAUUUACAUUAACAAAUGAUCCUAAGCCACCAACUCCUGAAACAAUUACAUUUUUUACCUUAAACGAAACUGUACUCAUAAAAGGUUCAUACUUUUCAUAUAUAAAUGAAGAAAAUAAAGUAACUUUUAAUAAAGAACUAUGCAUGGUUAUAGCAUCAUCAUUUUACCAAAUAGAGUGUUAUUUUCCUGCUGCGAAAAGUUACAGUAAAGAUGUUUUAUAUAAUGGUAUAAUUAAUGUCAAUGGUUUAAUAUCACCACCAUUUACUGCAAAUUUUUCAAUUGUUAAUGAUUAUAAAGUUUGUCCAGGUAAUUGCUCUUCUGAUGUAUCCAAAGGUUUUUGUAAUAUCAUGUACGGUUUAUGUAUUUGUAGUCCUAAUUGGUUUGGACGAAAUUGUGAAAAACCAAUGGCAAAUGUUAGUUUUAUAGUACCAAGUUCAACUUUGGGUGGUGUAGUUUUGAUAAACGGAUUCUUUGGAGAUAUUCAUACAGAUCUUAUCGUGGAAAUAGGUAAUUUGGAGUGUUAUGUUAAUUUUGUUAGGAGUGAUUUAAUAAACUGUACAUUAGGGGCUGGAAGAGGUGUAAAAAAUGUUGCAGUCACUCAAAAUGGAUAUUCAUGGAUGGGUUUAUCUGCUUAUAAAUAUCAAGAACCACAUAUUAGUUGUUUUAACAACUGCUCCAAUAAUGGUGAAUGUUUGGAAAACGGUAUUUGUAGUUGCUAUAAAGAUUACAAAGGUAUUGAUUGCAACUCUUUAUCAUCACCCGAAGACAACAGUUUACCUGAAUCUCAAUCUUCAGUAUCAAAUAGCUCUCAAAUCUCUAUUAACAAUCAACAAACCAAUUUCGAAAUAUUAAUUACAAAUCUUUACGAACUAAAUAUUGAAAAUGAAAUUGUAAAAAACCAUAACCUUACCGACAAAUGGAUUAGUGGUAAAAAAGAUAUAAACACAUAUACAUUUACUCAGAAUUUAACAACAAAUCUUCAAAGAAAUAGUGUUAUUCAGGUUAUCAUAGAAGAUAUAAAAGAAGACAAAGUAAUAGAAUUUGCACAUCAACUUUACAAAAUCGAUAAAAAUUCAAUCAAAGUAACCAUUGAUAUUCAAAACUACAUAUAUGAAUCAGCUCUAAAUACACUAUCGUUAAUAUUUCAAUCCAAGGUAUCUGAAUUAGAAAAUACAGAAAUUAAUAAUUGUAAUAAUAAUAGUAUAACCAUUUCAAAUAAUUUAGAUGAUCCUUCAUUAAAUAAUAAUUUUAUUCAAAUUAAAAAAAAUGGUAAAAUUUUAUAUGGUAGAUUUUUACCCAUUGUUUUAUCAGAUAACAAACCCACAUUUAUUACAUCUAAUAUAAUACCAAAUAGUAAUAAAACUGAUGAAGAUAACGAAAAAACAAUCAAAGUUUCAAUUAAUUUACCACAUUGUAAAUAUAGUUGUUUAAUCGAUCCAGAUUUUCAAGUUUUGUUAUCAUCUGAUUUUAAAAAAUCAUGUGAUGGUAAUAAGAAAUUAAAUUAUAUAUUACCGAUUUCUAUUGUAAUACCAGUUAUAGGUGUAUCCGCAAUUACUGCUCUUUCUGUUUAUUACUAUAAAAGACAUUCACAAAAAAAGGAUUUCGAAAAUAAAAUGGAAAAACUUAAAAAUUUUUCAUAA